CGAUAAGAGCAGGGCGCGCUUUCGCCUUUCGCACGCAGCGGUAUUUUCUCAUCUUCUUCGCGGUAUUUCGCAGCCCUCUUGCUCAACACCGCACCGAAGGUCGGGAGCUCACGCUCGUGUAUAGCCACGAUACAAAGACACGGGCGCGCUCGAAAGGAACGUGUAAGGAGAAUCGCAGCUUUUACGAAGCUGCGAGUGUGAGAUUACAGCUGUUUGAACAACGCGGAAUUUUGACGACUGCUCAGCGGAACGUCUCUUCAUCGCUGUACAGGCACGUAGAGAUUCCAGUUUCAAUCAGUUGGCCGGGCACGGAGACCGGAGAUGACUCCAGGCCAGCAACAGGGCAUCGAGUACGCCGUGUUCGGUGUGUUCGUGGCCGCCAGCCUCGGCACGGGCGUCUACUUUGCGCUGAGAAAGUUCCGCAGCGGCGAUUCCGCUCAAACACCGGGCGUCCGCAGCAGGAGCCUGGCGGACGAAGAGUUCCUCGGAGGCCGCAGCAUAGCGAUGCUGCCGCUGGCGCUGUCCGUGCUCGCCUCUAUGGUGACCGCCACGGGACUGGUGGGUCUCACGUCGCACUUCUACGCCUACGGAAUGCACAUGAUGUGGGGCUCGAUACCAGUGCUCGUUCUGCUUCCGUUCAUCGUGCACGUGGUCAUCCCCUUGGUGCGGCGACUCGGAGUCACCUCCGUCUAUCAGUACAUCCGGCUGCGGUUCGGCAACGAAGUCGGAAUUGCGGCCUGCGUCGUCUACUUCUUCCUCACUGAAAUCCAAGGCGCCGUCAGCAUAUUUGCAGCCGCUGUGGCAAUAUCCACAUUUUUCCACAUGCCGCUGAUGUACUGUUCCUUGGCUAUCGGUGCAGCGGGAACACUGUAUACAGCUCUGGGCGGCAUGCGGGGAGUUGUGUGGACGGACAGCGUGCAGGGCAUCCUCAUCCUUGUCUGCCCACUGACCAUCCUGGGCACCAUCCUCUACGACUCGGUGCACAACCCGGCUUCCAUUCACCUGCGCCCCUUCAGCGACAUCGACAUGAAGCCCUACUUGUUACAGACGGACUUGGACUUCACUAAGGACGAGAACGUGUGGUCGUGCGCUGUGGGCUUGCUUGCGGGACACGCCUAUCGGAUGGGCAUGGACCAAAUGGUGGUGCAACGAUACGCUUCGGCGAGGUCCCUAAGGGAAGCUCAGAGGACGGCGGUCCUGGGCAGCGCUCUUCUUGUCGUCUCCACAUUCCUGCUGGCUACCGUUGCCAUGGCACUGGUGUACUGGUACAGAGAUUGCGACCCGCUUCUCUCUGGAGCUAUCAAGAACAUUGAGCAGAUCAUCCCUUACUACAUCAACCAAAGGCUAUCCGCAUUUCCAGGCAUGACGGGCCUUUUCCUCGCCGGUGUCGUUAGCGCAACUCUCAGCACGGUCUCGUCGGCCAUCAACUCCUUGGCUGCGUCUGCCUUCGUGGACAUCCUCUCGCCGUUUAUAGUCACGAAUGACCAGUGCUCGAACAUAACCAUUAAGUCAAUAGCGUUUUUCUUCGGUGCCCUGAUGACUGGACUGGCGAUUGCUGUUCCCUACAUCAGCUCAGCCAUUCGUCUCAUCAUGGUAGUGCACAGCAGUGCGUCUGGCCCCUUCAUCGGUCUCUUCGUUUUGGCCUUGGCGUUUCCGUGGGCCAACGGUAAGGGGGCAUCCGUAGCCACCGCGCUGACCCUGACAUUCCAGGCGUGGGCCGUGACCGGACGGCUGCUGCACGGUCCAAAGCCGCUCAGGAUGCCCAGCUCACUGGACCGCUGUCCCGGCACGGAGCACUUCGGCGCCAAUGCUACCCUGCCGAUACCGAGUGAGCAAGAGGCGACCGUGUUUUUCGCCUACCGACUGUCAAGCUUCUGGAGCGGCAUGUUGUCAACGUUGGCCACCAUCUUCAUCGGCAUUAUCAUCAGCUGGCUUACUGGUGGUGGGAGGAGUGCCAAAAAGCAUGUGUCCCUCACGAGUGACGCCUUUGUGAGGAUCUGGAGAAAAGUGUACAUGCUUGAGGAUGAUGAUUUGGAAGAUCAAGAACUACAGAGGAGCAAGGAAAAUCCUGUGCAUCCCUUCACAAUUGAACAAGCAGUUGAUGAUCGGCUUGGCUUCUCCAGAACAAGGUUGUAGGGCAAUGUACGCACCAUGUUUAUAACCAUGGUCAUGAAGCACGAUGCCUGCAUGAUGGCCACCACUACUUCCAUUUGUACUCGACAUUAAUGCACAAAUGAGGAGCUCCUACAGCUCCUCAUUACAACAAAAUGGACAGCUGUGUUUUAGUUUCCUAGUGUCUCAAAUGAUGAUAAUUUACCUACCAAACAAGACUUCACCAACAGCUAGCACUUCACAUAUGUAAGUCGUAAGAAUUAGUUAUUUGGUUAUCAAAAAGAAGAGUUGUUAACCAUGAAAGUUAGAGUCAGCUAUAAAGCUUAGACUGCUGAAUUCAACAAAGGAGGCUCCAGAGGCUCCAAAAUGACUACGUUAAAGCACAGUAGAAAUCGCAUCAAGGCACAUUCUCCUAUACCAUGAAGUGUGGUGUAGUACAGUUCUGGUCACAAGCAGCGACUCGGAGAAUUAAUUCAUAUAUCAUUACUGCAUAUACAUGCGUAUUCUCUGAGAUAACGCAAACUACAGGAGAUGUCCUGAAAAAGGCACCCUAUCAUGUAUGCAUGCAGCUGUGUUAUUUAAACAAUGCAGGAAUUGAUAUUUCCUGCUCUCAAUAUUUAUUUUAUUUUAAACAAAUUCACCAGAUGGUUGCAUGCAGUUGUGACGGUUGGAUGGAUUGUAUGAAACUGAUAAGAAUACAAGUUGAAUACCAAUGCCCAUUGCCUGGUAUGGUUUUCAUAUGCUGUAGCUUUUAACAGAACAGGUGGUGCUAUCGAUGGCACAAAGCGGAACUAAUCAGUCAUGUUGAAGCAAGCUGAAAAGCAUGACACUGGGACUGCAUUGAAUAGCGAACAGAAAUGUGUGAUGCAGCAUUGUUUUGCAUUAUUGCUUCAAAAAAUUAUUAUAGAAACAUUCAAGAGGCGAGACCACCAUUCAAAUUCCUUAGAGGUCCAAGAAAAUACCUUGAAGAGGGUGCUAGACCUGAGUGGCACGAUAUAUGUGCUAAAAACAAAAAAACAUUCUCACUCUGUUGCUAUGCUUCUUCAAGGAUUAAAGUGUUUCUGAUUGAUGA